AUGGAAGAUUCACCGCCGCCGGCAGCGAAGGAUGAGAAGCCGAGGGCGCAGAUAAGCGAAGUUGUUGACGAGGUGAAGUUGUGGGCAGUAGAGCUUGAGAAGCUCCGUCGUGGUACGGCUUGUGUUUUCCUCAACCAGUUUGAAGAUGCCGAGAAGAUCUUCCGUAGUGGUAUCUUCGCAAAUUCAGAGUAUGAUAUGCUCCCUGUACCGGCGCAAGGACAUGACCUACGCCCUGCGUACGCCUUUCAAUGGGCCCUGGCUAGUUUGUUGGAUGGCUUGGCUUCGUUCGCGAAUGAUCAACUCGAUGACUGUCUUAGUAGAGUUUGGCUGACUGAAAAAUUAGCAGGGGAAAGCCCGGACCAGUGGAUUGGUCAGAGAUUCCUCAGAGGUAUGUGUUACAUGUUUGGAGGAAUAGUGCAAAUUUUACAACAGUCUUUUGUGAAGGCUGGGGUUAAUCUAACCCGUAGUUGGACUUUGAUAAAAUCCAUGGAGAAGGAGGUGUUGAACUACGUGGGGUACGAGGCCGACGUGGUGAAGUCUUUGGGGAGUUUUGUAAUUGGAACCCUCAACUUGGUCGUGACUAUGCUGCCCGGAUCAAUAGUCGCGGUGGCUGAGCUCGUGGGCUUUGAUGGCACUAAUAGGGCUGCGUCUAUCGGUCUCCUAGAGGAGUGUUACCAAGGAGGGGGUCUCUUGGCGCCGUAUGCGGCUCUUGUUAUAUCGGCCUAUCAUUUGCAGAUGAGGUCAUUCAUGGGAGAGUCGCCGUCGAAUGAAGAAUUGGAUGAGGUGCGAGGCAUCCUCGAUGAGGGGCUUGGGAAUUAUCAUAACAGUUGCGUAUAUUUGAUCGAGUUGGCUGAAUACCAUGCUGUGAGAAGGAAUCCUGAGGCCGCACUGAGGACCAUGGAUGUGGCAGGACGUUCUUGUGAUAGGCCGGCACUGGCCCUUGUGGUUAACAUGAAGAAAGCGGUUUACCAUAUGUUGUGUGUGGAGUGGGAGGAAGCUAUUGGCUGCAUUAGAAAGGCAAGUCUAUGUCAUGAGGAGGUUGGUAGGCGUACGUAUGUGCCCUUCUUUGGAGCGUUAGAGGCUAUUUUGAGGAAGCUCACUGGACAGGAAUAUCAGAGCUGUAUCGAACGAGUUGAACGGUAUCGCGCUAUGAACAAGUCCAACUGGCGUGCCUCGGACCUUCUAGCCUUCAAGAAAAUUGAGGAGUACUCUAAGAGGCCUGACAGAGUGAUCCCCUCUAUUGAUGUGGUGGAGCUCAUGAUGCUGCAGUUCUACUGUUUGAAUAAGGCUUCUAUCGCAGUCAUCAAAGGCCCUUUGACCACGCUCUUGAGCGAGACUAAUACGACUUGCAUUCAAGACGAGGCACGGCGCCUGGUAUUGUUAGCAGAGUUGCAUAGGCUGGCUGGAGAGCCGGAUGAGGCGAUAAGACUGGCAGGAAAGGUCAUUGGGAAGGAGGAUGAACUUAUGCCUCCUCAGCCAGUUCCAGAGUCGGCCGAUCUGAUACUCUUGAGGCCCUACUGGAGUGGUACGUGCCUUGUAGCUCUGCUUGUGAAAGGGCAGGCUCUAGCUGACAAGGGUGAAUGGGAGGCUGGUGAUGAAGCUGUAGAGCAGAUGAACGCGGUGGCCUGGCGCUUGCAACAAAUCGAUCCGACACCGAAGGCACGGAAGAGCUUUUUGGCGAUGAUGAGCAACACUAUACAGAGCUAUGCUGGGGCUAAGCCCAGUGGAGGGUACUUCGAUAUGACUUUGAAGUUCAAGAGGCACGCUCUAAGGAAACGACUGGAGGCACGUGUAAAGAACGAAGUGUGUGAUGGUGAAGAAACCCUGGACAGCGGUUUUGUUAGCGCUGAUGAGGAGCAGGAGGAGGAAGGCUGAUUUAGUGACAAAUCUGUGAGUGUUUUGUAGUAGUCGUUUGUAUUAUUAUAUUUUCUUGAAAGAUCGUGUUGUAGUUACUCUUGUU